UCGGGGUCGAACUCGAGGCGGGUGUGGCGCGGGUGGUGGAAGUGAUGGAGACCUCAUGGGCGCGCAGGGUCGGGGUCGAGACCGUCGCUGCUCGGAUGACGCUUGCCGGGCAAUCGAACGAGGGAGGAGACGUACCGUCCGCGCAGGGUCGUGAUCGGGACGCAACGGCCGACGACAGGACGGCGCUCAGAUGGAGGGGAGGAGGAGGAGGGUCAUCAACUCUCCCGCCUUCUGUACCGCCGUGGGCGGAGCUGUCGGCGGGGACGGCGGUUCCGACCACCUCCUCCUCCUCCCCCUCCCCCUCCCCCUCCUCCCAUCUUUGCCCUCCUCGGCGGAUGUCGCUGCGCGAGAGGAUGCUGUCCUUGCCGAGCUGGAAGUACACAGAUCUGUCUAUAAUCUGCGGUAAUGGCGGGAGAGGACCGCCGGCCACGUGUUGGUCUACUGGAAGAGAAGGGCCAGGGUCAACGAGCGGUGGCGGCGGCGGUGGUGUGGGCACUGACGAGAGGAGGGGAGUCUCGGUCUCUCAUCGUCCCGGUCUCUCAUCAUCUAGCGAUGAUCGGGAUCGGUCGUAUGACGCUUGCAGCGGGGCUCGAACGGGCGGUCUGUCGGCUAGCGUUCGACCGAGCUUGUCCUCCACCGACGACCUUGCCGCGGCGGCGGCUCGUAGGGAUGAUCGGGAUCGGGAUACUCGUUCUGUGAGAAAGCCGAGCCAAGCUAUCGUUCGGCAUCGGGAUCGGGAUCUGAGCUGUCCUUCCUUGGUCCGAAUCCGCGCUGACGUGGCACGAACCGGUGCUGACGCGGCGGGAGGAGAGGUGAGUGGCUGUUCGUCAGAAGGCCAUCGAGACCGAUUGUGUGGGUAUGGUGAUCAGCUUGGGAGGCGGGGUAAUGCGGAGGAGGAGGAGGAGGAGGAGGAGGAGGAGGGAGGGGGUGAUCGUCGUCCGGUGAUGUUGAGGAGCCGUCGAUUGAACAGAAAGAUGGGUGUCGGAACUCAUCUUGUGGAUGCUGGGAUCGGGGCGGGAGGAGUACUUGAGGAGGAGGAGGAGGAGGAGAAGGAGAAUGCGACAUCGUCUCCCCGUGAUUAUGGCGGUCAAAGUUAUUCUCUUUGCGGCUCUGAUAGAUCUGUGAGGUCCACGUGGCAAACGGAAGACGACCUUCUUCUCUGGCCUCCGUUAGAUUCCGUUUGCCGGCCUCUCGAGGAGAUGGGAGCUGUCGCCAGCUGUGCGGAAAACGGAGGCGGGAAACUGAGAGAAUUGGCGGGAAAAACUCAAGAAGACAGGGUUGUUGUGCCCGCGUCGAUCAACUGCAAAUUGAUGGGUUAUCAGAGAGAAGGGGUGAAGUUUCUCUACUCUCUCUACAGGGAAGGAAAAGGCGGGAUUCUUGCAGAUGACAUGGGACUAGGCAAGACGAUACAGACCAUCGCCUUCCUCGCCGCGAUCCUUGGGAAGACGGGUACUGUUCGAGAUAUGACGGCUCGUCGGGGCUUCCUUCCACUCACGGCGAAGGAGCAGGCAGUGUUGCAAACGAGAGAAAGGCGUGCGAAAGCGGCCGGCACUCGAAGAGGAGGAGGAGGAGGAGGAGGAGGAGGAGGAGGAGAGGGUCAGUCAGCACCUACCCUAUUGGCGAUUGAUGAGGACGGAAGGUGCGAAAAGGAAGAGGCGGAUAUCAAGAAGCCGUCGGGGAAGAAGAGCGCCAAGGUCGUCUUGAUUAUUUGUCCGGCGACAUUGAUCCAGAACUGGAAGCGGGAAUUUGACGACUGGGGGUCGUUUGCUGUGGCAAUAUACCACGGGCCUGGGAGAGAUUCUUCCUGGUCCAGACUUCAGUCGGGGGAAGUGGAGGUGAUGCUGACGAGUUUCGGGACAUUUCGAUCAAGAGAUGAAGAGCUGUGUCAGAUUGGCUGGGAUUGUGUGAUUGUCGACGAGGCUCAUCAGUUGAAGAACCAGAGCUCGGAGAUUUACAAGUCGGUCUCGAAGAUCGUUACCUGCCGGCGAUACGGUCUGACGGGGACCGUCCUGCAGAACAAGUACGAGGAAUUGUUCACCAUCUUCAACUGGGUGGCUCCGGACCUGUUCCUGUCGAGGAAGGAGUUCAGGGAUUACUAUGACAUGCCAAUGAAGCAGGGGCAGAGGAAGAGUGCCCCUCAGCUGCUGCAGAAAACGGCGGAGAAAAGGUGCUCGGAGCUGUUUCGAGUGCUCAAGGGGCACAUGCUGAGGAGGACGAAGGAAGGCACGAUAGGCGACAAGCUCCAGGGGAAGACGGAGAUGGCCGCUUUCUGCGUGAUGAGUCCCGUUCAGCAACGAGCGUACCGACGAGCGCUCAGAACCGCCGACUUUCAGUUGCUUGUUCGGAAAGACGAAAAGUGCGACUGCGGAAGUCGACGCACGCGGGAGAAGUGUUGCUGGUCGAAGCCGAGAGGCACAGAAGCCGAGGGAGAGUACAUCCUCUGGCCUUAUCUGCAUCGCGGACGCCCCGAAGGGUGCGACCAGUGCCCGUACUGUCUGGUAUUCCCCUGCCUGACGAAACUUCUGCAGAUCUGCAACCACUUGGAACUCAUCAAACCCAACCCUGCGGACGACGAGGACAAGCGUGCCAAGGAUGCCGCUUUUGCUCGGCUCGUCUUAACCGACGACAGUGGCAGCAGUGACGCGGCUGACGCCAAACAGCUGUCAUCCGGAAAGGAAGCCUCGCGACGGGGUAGCGAUGACGGAGGCAGUGACGACAAACGGUUGUUUUCUGGACGGGAAGCCUCGCAACGGGGUAGCAACGGUGGAGGUACCGAUGACAAGCAGCUGUUAUUCGGACAGGAAGCAUUGCGACGGGGUAGCGCCGACGGUGGCAGGGAUUACAAGCAGCUGUUAUGCGGACAGGAAGCAUUGCGGCGGGGUGGCAACGACCUGGGAUUGGGAAGCGAAGAAGAUCGUGGUUACGCCCGUUGUCCCCCUUGUGACGGAUGGGGAGGCGGGCAGCAGCUAAAGGGGGGGGGUAGGUUUGCGGAGGCAGGGGAUUAUGGAGGAGACGGUUGUAGGUUUCCAGAGCUGAGCAAUGUCCGCAACUGCGGGAAGAUGUUAUUCCUUGACAUGCUGUUGAACGACUGGCUCGCUAAGGACGACAAGGUACUGCUGUUCAGCCGAUCGGUCAAGAUGUUAGACAUUUUGACGCAGCUGAUGGAUAGGCGGGGCUACCGCUACGCCCGCCUCGACGGAUCGACACCGAUGUCGACGCGCCAGUCUCUGGUCAACCAGUUCAAUUCCAGCCCAAGUCAGCAGCUUUUCUUGAUCUCCACCACCGCAGGAGGAUUGGGCCUCAAUCUGACGGCUGCGAACAAAGUUAUAAUCUUCGAUCCUCAUUGGAAUCCGACCUAUGACUUGCAAGCCCAGGAUCGCUCCUUUCGACUGGGUCAGCAGCGCCCCGUUACGGUUUAUCGGCUACUAGCGGCCGGCUCGUUCGAAGAGCUCAUCUACACAAGACAGAUCUACAAGCAGCAGCAGUUCAAAAUGGCUAUGACGGGUGAGGGGGAGACAAGGUACUUUGAGGGCGUGCAAGGGUGCAAAGAACACCAAGGCGAACUUUUCGGAAUCAAGAAUUUAUUCAAAGACCUAUUGGACCGGGUCUUUACCUUCGACAUAAUCGAAGGAAAUGCUGCGAGCGGUGGGCGAAUAGAAGAAUGCAGGGCGCUGAGCGACCUCGGCUCGAGGAACAUAGAUGAUGUGUUGAAAAGCCGCAAGCCCUCCGUUCCUGCAAAGGGCGUGCUGACGCAUGGCGCUACCGCAAACAGGCAUCCUGCGGAAGGGGAGGAAGACGAUGAGCAUGGCUUGGGUGAACUUGCAAGGCUGGUUCAAAUCGAGUCGAAGGGAGAGAGCGGCCGCCGCCUUGAGACUGCUGCGGGCAGGAAGCCGCCGGAGGGCACGUCUGACGUCUGCCGCACGGAGAAUGAGGUUUGCGUCGAAAUUGAUGAUGAUGCCGCGAUGCAUGGCAACAACCGAGAAUGCGGCGGGCCUACUUCUGGGCCAGGUUCAGGAGAUGGGAGUAGUAAAUGGAGUCAUGGUGAGGGACUGGAUUUGUCAGACGUCGGGAGCUUGGCGUCAGAGGACGCACUUCGGCAGUCGGGGGUCGUCUACAUGCACCGGGCUGACAAGAUAGUCGGCACAAAGGCGCGGGAGAAAGCAUCAAAAAGGAGCGUGGACCCUGCAUGCACAGCAGUGGAGGCUGUCGUAGACCGUCGCCAGCGGAAGCAAGCUGGAGAAGGUUUGCGCCAUCGUAGCGAUGAUGUCAACGGAAAAUUGCAGGGCAAUGAUGAUGUGUUUGGUCGCGAAGAUUGCCGCAAACGGGAGCGAACUCCUGCUGCUGCUGCUGAUGAUGAUGAACAGCGCUUCGGUUCGACAAGAGGGAAGGAGAUGGCGGUUCUGAACAGCGGGCUUAGGGAGGGGGAAACGGUUCUGUGCUCCGGCGGAGGUGGUGGUUAUGGGAGAGCGGCUGCCCCUGCGCCUGUUCUUCUUCCAGAUCAGAGUGCGAGGGAGCCGAGCGCGGAAGAAGGUUGGGCGGAUGCAGCGGCAAGUGGCGAAGAACCACUGCGGGAUCGGAAGAAGUGGGGCAGGAGGGUUAACAAACGCGAAAGGGAUUCUGACGACUGCGGGUCCGGAGCUGGCGAUCGGCCAAAUGCUGCAAACAAGGAUGCACGCGACAUGUCCGGAAAAGGCGGCGGUGAUCCAUCGAUUAAGAAAUGCAAUGCGGAUAGGGAGGGGCAGGAGGCGAAAGGACGAAGAACUGACCGGGGUACGAACCCAAGGUUGGGUAUCGGUCGGGCAACGAGGCUGGAGGGAGAUGAUGCCGCGGUGGCAAGGAGGCCCGCUUGCCAGCCGCCGCCAUCUAGGCCUAGUCUGGGCUCGGAACGCGGUCGUCCUAACUUACAAAAGAUGUUCCCUCAAUUGGCUAAGUUCAAAGGGGUGACUGAAGUGGAAUUGAUGCAAUGGUUGGUGAAGGCGGGGAAGGAAGGAGCGAACCGACUGCUGACAGAUUUCUGUAAGUAUGAGCAGCAGAAGGACUUGUGAUGCUGCUGAAGGAUUUCUGGAAACAGGGAAAUGAACAAACAAAGCAGUGCAGUCCUCCGGCUCCGGGACAUCCGUUAAAAUUGGAACGAUACAGAGGAGAAAGAUUGAUGAGCAUGGCCACGGCGCAAUCAAGGAUGACACGCAUAAAUCGAGAAAAUGGUACAAACAAUGCUGCAGCAGCCCAAAACAAGCAAACAAUCAACUGGCCUAGCUCAGCUGGUACACUCAUGAACUGUUGAAAUAUCCAGCUCCACCUAUCAGAUGACGACGAAGAACAAAGAAAACAAUGCUGCUAUCAGAUGACGAAGAAGAAGAAAGAAAACAAACAAACAAACAAACAAACAAGCAAACAAACG